AUGCGCGUUUUCGUUUUUGCAGCUGAAGAGACUCCACGCCAGGAAACAACCACGCCAGGAAGUGGUGACUCUAGGACUGGUGGAGAAGGCUUUCAAUGUCCAACAGCCGAUGGUCUCUAUCCCCACGAGACCUACUGCUACAUGUUCUACAACUGCGUAGAUUUCGUUGCUUAUCCACACGAGUGUCCGAAUGAGGACCUCUUCAGUCAAGAGGUACACUAUUGCAUGCCCCCGGAUGAUGUGGACUGUGGGGAUCUCCUACCAAGAACUACAACAUGAAAGAUCAAUGGACAGGGAUUCCAAUGUCCCGAGCCCAGCGGGGAAUUCCCUCACCCGGAGUUCUGCUGGAAAUUCUACAGCUGCUACGAAAGUGUACCGGUCGAAAUGGAUUGCCAAGACGACUGGCUUUUUUCUGAUAUUCACUUAUACUGCGACUUUCCCGAAUCGCUGAAGAAACUCAAUCAACCACGCCGGGAAGCGGCAGUUCAACGACUGGUGGAGAAGGCUUUCAAUGUCCAACAUCCGAUGCAAACCAACCCCCUACGUCGACGGAUAUCACCACUCCGUCUCCAGAUACCACUACUUCGUCGACAGAUACAACAACCUCAUCGACGGAUACAACGACUUCGUCGCCGGAUACUACUACUUCGUCGCCAGAUACCACGAUUUCGUCGACGGAAGCCACAACUAGCAGCGGGGGAUUCCAAUGUCCUGAACCUGAUGGAUUUUUCCCUGACCCUGAAUCUUGCGAACACUUCUACCUAUGCAACAAUGGAAUACCCACUUUACAUGAAUGCCCCGGAGAUACUUGGUUCAACCCCGAAACCGGGGUUUGUGACACCCCUGGUGACUUUUGCACGCCUCUGGGAUGACUUCAAUACCAAACCAACCCCCUACGUCGACGGAUAUCACCACUCCGUCUCCAGAUACCACUACUUCGUCGACAGAUACAACAACCUCAUCGACGGAUACAACGACUUCGUCGCCGGAUACUACUACUUCGUCGCCAGAUACCACGAUUUCGUCGACGGAAGCCACAACUAGCAGCGGGGGAUUCCAAUGUCCUGAACCUGAUGGAU